UUUGAGCGUCUCAAAGUCCAACUCGGGUUCCGUCUGGUCCGGGUUCUGGGCGCACUGCUCGAGGAACGUGGUCAUGACACCGACACACGCACAGCUGAGAAUCAAGUCACGAGUUCCCUGAGUCGAUGCUCGCUGUGUCCACUCCUCCUCGUCGAGACCGAUCGCUGCGCGGAACCAGGGCUCGUCGUCGAAGAUACUCAGCAGUUCCGCCGAUUCCGACAAAUCCUGCCGGACCCAGAAGACCACGACGCACUGGACCAGGGCAACCAAGCGGUGCAUGUGGGUGUCUGCUGCUCGAGCGCCAGAACUCCGCAGGGUGCGGAGGACAUGGAAAUGGGUAUCGAGGUCUCCCGGGUGCCUUGCGAGGGGGUCGUCGUUUAUCCAAUGAUCGUAAAUCAGCCGCAAGGAGUCGACAGAUGGCUUGAGGUCGAUUCGGUGCGCCAAGUUCUGGCAGAGACAGUGACACAAGUAUCGCGUGUAACGAUACUUCCGAUCGGGCUGCCAGACAGAGUCCGGCCCAUAAACGGCGAGGGAGGGAUGCCGGACGAGGAACAGCGCAAUGCCGGGCGGCGGCGUGUUCCAGGUCCCAUCGGCAAUCGCACUGAUCAUCCGGCGAGCAGCAAAGACAAGAUUGUCCUCGGUCCCAUCCGCCCCCGAUCUAAUCAGCUCUUCUAGACCCAAUUGCAGAAUGUUAUAGCGGUCCCCGGCCUGGAAGGGGUCUUCCGAGCGAUAAAAGAGCGAGUGGGUCACUUCCCGCUGGAAGCUGGCAGGGCUGUCGGAAAGAUCCCUGAGAUACUGCUUGUACGUCCGCUGCUUCUCCAGUUCGGGAUCCCGGUACGAGUUGCUCCUCUGCACGUAGAGGCGUUCGGACUCGAUGACGUUCAGACGAACCAGAGCUAACACAGCGGGGACCAUGCACUGCACGUCGGGAGAACUGAGAAAUUUGGAGCCGAGCAGCGCGUCUUCCACGUCAAUGUCUCCAAUCGGACGCUCCAGAGGUGACUCGGUGUGUAUUGAGAACGCGCAGAGAGCCCAGAUGGCCCGGAGCACGGCGAGCUGUCGGCGGGAGCGGACCGUGGGAUCAAGCAGAUUGCUGUUGGAGCCAUCCAUGAAGUCCGCGAGCCGCUGGCCGAGAGGGACCUGUGGAUUCUGCAACAGCCUCUUGAACUGCGUCCGAUACACGCCACGAGGCUGGUUGGUCUUGAAAUCCCACAGCGCCUGGGGGAGCCCCUCCACAAAUGGCUCGAGCUUCUUGUCUUCAGAUAGAGACUGGAUGGUCCACGCAAGGGCCGCGGUCUCUGUCUCGACGGUGGAAUGCAGAGACGCGCUUUUCAUGGCCUCCUGCAUGCUGAGGGUCUGCAGUCGAGUGUCGACAGUCACAGAAGGUUUGGCGGGGGACCCGGUGUCUAUCGCGGUGACUGUCUGUGGAACAUAAGCCCUCAGAACAUUCCUCAAGAUUUGGUUCAGCGACCAGAUUAUCUGCGUUAGUGGCGUCUGGAACGGACUGUCGAGGAAGAACAAGGGGUGCGCGGUGAACAUGGCAUAGACCGAGACGAAGAGGAGCAGGAGAGCGGAAAAUAUGCUCAUGAUGACAUUGUUGACGGGCACAAGAAAUGCCACCAGACCCCCGAAGAACAGGACCAGUGCCCCGUGCAGGAAAAGCAGGGGAGCGCGCACCGCGACAUGCAUGUUGAAGCGAAGCAACCCGUUGUGGAGAUACAUGUAUAUGCGUGACUGGAUCGAGAUGGUGGGAAACAUGGCCGUCCGGUGCGGGAAGCCCUGCGCCCAUUGUUUGACCAGUGUCGCAACGAGUGCGCAUGACAAGCUGAGCCCAAGGCUGGUGAACCAGAGCGCGUUGCAAACGACGGACGAGAUCGG